CGCGGUCCUCCAGGAAUCCCAGGCAGAGAGGGACCAAAGGGAAACAAAGGAGAGCGAGGCUACCCUGGGAUACCUGGGGAGAAAGGCGACGAGGGUCUUCAAGGAAUUCCAGGCAUUACAGGUGCUCCUGGCCCAACUGGACCCCCUGGCUUGUUGGGAAGAACUGGGCAUCCCGGUCCCACAGGAGCGAAGGGUGAAAAGGGCAGCGAGGGACCCCCUGGGAGACCUGGACCACCUGGACCGCCUGGUGUGCCAUUCAGUGAAGGAAACGGAAUGAGCAGUUUAUAUAAAAUCCAGGGAGGUGUGAAUGUUCCCAGUUAUCCAGGGCCACCCGGCCCCACUGGCCCAAAAGGCGAUCCUGGCCCAGUGGGAGAACCUGGUGCAAUGGGGUUGCCAGGACUAGAAGGAUUUCCAGGUAUAAAGGGAGAUCGAGGCCCAGCAGGACCCCCAGGAAUAGCCGGAAUAUCAGGAAAACCUGGAGCCCCGGGGCCCCCAGGAGCUCCAGGGGAACCGGGUGAGAGAGGACCUGUUGGAGAUAUAGGUUUCCCUGGACCGGAAGGACCCUCAGGAAAGCCAGGAAUAAACGGAAAAGAUGGAUUACCAGGUGCUCAGGGCGUCAUGGGUAAGCCUGGAGACAGAGGCCCCAAAGGAGAACGGGGUGAUCAGGGAAUUCCAGGAGACAGAGGCCCACAAGGCGAACGGGGAAAACCAGGCCUUCCAGGCAUGAAGGGGGCCAUAGGGCCUGUGGGGCCACCAGGAAACAAGGGCUCCACGGGAUCCCCUGGGCACCAAGGCCCUCCAGGUGAUCCAGGCAUCCCCGGCUCUCCGGCUGAUGCGGUUUCAUUUGAAGAAAUAAAGAAGUACAUUAAUCAAGAGGUUCUAAGGAUUUUUGAAGGUUAG